ACUACCGAAUGUUCCAGUAUAAUAACACAUUUUGGACCGAAAGGAAACGCGAGGAAAUAUUUUUAACAUCCUGAAGUUUCGGUGCUGGUUAAAAUGGGAGACUGUGAGCUGCGCGACGCUUCUGAGUUAAUCAAAGAUCGUCUGUAUUUUGCUACUCUCAGAAGCAAACCCAAGAGCACAGCAAACACACAUUUCUUCUGCACAGAUGAUGAAUAUAUUUAUGAAAACUUUUAUGCAGAUUUUGGGCCCCUUAAUCUGGCAAUGCUGUACAGAUACUGCUGCAAACUCAAUAAAAAACUAAAGUCAUUCACUCUGUCCAGAAAGCGCAUUAUCCAUUACACCAGUUACGAUCAACGAAAGAGGGCCAAUGCAGCCUUCCUCAUCGGCGCUUAUGCAGUAAUCUACUUAAAGAGAACUCCAGAGGAGGUGUACCGGGCCCUGAUCUCCGGAACCAAUGUGUCAUACCUGCCCUUCAGAGAUGCUGCUUUCGGGAAUUGCACGUAUGAUCUAACCAUAUUAGACUGUUUACAAGGUAUCCGCAAGGCCUUGCAGCAUGGCUUCUUUGACUUUGAGAACUUUGAUGUUGAAGAAUAUGAGCAUUAUGAGCGUGUGGAAAAUGGUGAUUUUAACUGGAUUGUGCCAGGGAAAUUGUUGGCCUUCAGUGGACCUCAUCCCAAGAGCAAAAUAGAGAAUGGUUAUCCUCUCCAUGCUCCAGAAGCGUACUUUUCCUACUUCCGCCAGCACAAUGUCACAGAUGUUGUGCGAUUGAACAAGAAGAUCUAUGAAGGGCGACGUUUCACAGAUGCUGGGUUUGAACACCACGACUUGUUCUUCGUAGACGGCACAACACCUAGUGAUCUCCUUACAAGACGAUUUCUGCACAUCUGCGAGAGCGCAAAGGGCGCUGUGGCUGUCCAUUGCAAGGCUGGCCUUGGCAGGACGGGCACUCUGAUAGGAUGCUACCUGAUGAAGCACUAUCGCUUCACAGCACCUGAGGCCAUUGCAUGGACACGAAUCUGCAGGCCAGGCUCUGUCAUUGGACCACAGCAGCAUUUUCUCGAACAGAAGCAGCACAGUAUGUGGGUGCAAGGUGAUCUCCAUCGCUCAAAGCAGAAGCAACAGCAGCUGAGGCAAAGUCGACAGCAGGAGAGAAACAUGGCCCAUCUCAUCUCCAGCGUGGACAACUUGUCCAUCGACAGCAGCAUUCUAAAGCCACCAAGUGUGGAUGAGAAUGAGUUCAGAGAAGAGGACAUGAUUCUAACACAAGGAGACAAACUGCUAGCCUUGAAAGGCCAACGUCACCCCAGAUCUACCACCACAGUGCUUAGUGGGAUAAACCCAGCUCCAGGAACCAUUUCUCCACUCAAGACAACCAAAGCUCCACUCUUUCACCCUUCCUCCGCUGAACCACUGAUGCGAAGCCCUUCCUCCACCGCAGGCAACCUACAGAGCAUCAGUCCCCGUUUAGCCCAUUCCCUUGGCAACCUUUACGAUGACAACAGCCUCAAUGAUGAUGACAGCAGUACUCCUCCUUCCUCCUUCCCACCUUCCCCAUCUCCUGCCCCAGCCCAGGGUCCUCCCAUUCCUUCAUCUGGCUUCAGUUUUGGGUACACCACUGCUGACCCACGACUUCCUCCUUCCCAUUUAAACUUCAAUCAAGAGGCCAACACCAAUCCAAAUGGCCUCAUCGCAACAAACACAAUAAGUGCUAAUCGCACAGUCAGGCCUGUGAACAGAACUGGUUUUGGGAUGUUCUCUGGUGGUCAUCCAGGCCCUCGUAGAGGCCCAUUGCGCACUGGACUAAAUGGGUUUCCAGGACGCUACCUCAGCAGAUCCAUUCCAGUGAGUGAUCAUUUGGCUGCCUUCGUCGUCUCUUUGGCCCUUGAUUUUCACUCCCAUUUCUGCUGUUUUUACUUCCACAACUAA